UGUCACUUUUUCUCUCCCACCCCUACUUCCCUUUUCUACUAAUCCACCCAUCCCUGUGAGGAUCUCCAUUACUGGAGUAAUUGGCACUAUUAGAUCAGCCUUUGAUGAGAUGAGUGGUGGAUUUUUGUAGUCAACAUGUCAAUUUAAAGUGCUACAAAUGAGAGAUCAAUUCCUUCUUUCCUGGAGAAGAAAUUAAGGAAAAACCUUUUCAUGUUACAGAGUGUACAAAGCUGAAGAGGUUGAAGGUGGAGAUGAGGUUGUCUCCUGAGAGGAGUAAAUUUUUCAAUUUAGCAAAUUAGAGAGGAUAUGCUUUCACCUUUGAAGUAGUCAGGUACCAAAAUUAUGCCACUUGGAGUAGGCAGGCCUGGGGUGGGAAUCGCUUACAUGGAUUUUGACAGAUCUAUUCACACAAGAGCCCAUUUGCUAAUGCCAACUCCCAAAGCAGGGCCUGGAGAGAAGGCUGGUCAAGGACAAUUCCGCUGCCUGAUUUUACAGCGUGUUGCUACAAGGCUGUUUGACAGUGCUUUCCAUUCCCUUUGCAUCCCUGUGGAUGGUGUCCUUGGUGAGACCAUCCUGCCACACACUUACUGCCUGCACGGUGACACCAGGGUGGCUUUGCUCGAUGCACCUGUUCCUGCAAGGGCUCUGUCCCCUUUCACUCAAAGAGGGAAUUUAAUAAAUUAUUCAGCAGCAUCAAAGGCCCUGUGAGAAAUAAUGAGUGCUGUGGCAAUGUAAGGUAAAAUCUGAGGAUUUCAUGUUAUUUGGCAGAGGAUCAGGUGCUGCUGUGGAAGCUCUGAUCCAGAGUGCAGCACCCCAAGACAUUGUGGAGAGGGAUGAGAUAUCCCCUGCGGCACCUUGGUCCCAGCUGGCAUAGCUUCUUGUCCAAAAUCAACCCUGACCUCAUUCCUUCUGAAGAACUGCUCUUUGUGCUUUCUGCCAGAAACAGGGCAAAAACUGGGAGUGGGAACCAACAGAGGAAUGCUGAGGGCAAGAGCUCUGUUCCCCAGGGAUGCCGUGGAGAGGGCUGGAGGCAGCAGCACCAUGCAUGUGCUCAUGGGUGCUCACGCAGUGUGUGCCACCCAGUGAGUCCCUUCUGCAACUGCUAACGUGCUCCUGACUGUAUUUAAUGAAUUAGCAACAUGAUGAGAAUCCGGAACUGGGGUUGUGCUGGUGGAGUAGCAGGAAACAACAUGUUCUCUUGGCUCUGGGGCUCCUCUGACAGUACCUGCGGCUGCGCUCGCCAAGGUAACGGGGGCAGUGACUCAGAGGAUGAGCAGGAGCAUCUGGCAGCACAGUGCUGGCUCCAUGGAGGCUGAGCACUCGGAUUUGGUGCUCCCAAGCACAGAUCUCGUGUCCCUGCAACACCUUUCCAUCCAGGAAUGAGGUGGAAAAGGGUGGUGAGUGCCCAGGGGUGCGGAUCCAAGAGUGAGGACAGCAGGUGGGAGCUUUCCAAGCCAGACAAAGGAGACCUGACAAGGAACUGUGGUGAAGGGACAAGCCCAAGGCAAAGAAGUGUCUGGUCACCACCUCUCCCGGAACAGGCAGCUGAGACCUGGAGAGACAGGAGACAUCUUGCAAGACUCAACACCUGGAGCAGUGCUAACCAGGUGGGCAGCCCUGAUGUCAGCCAAGCUCUACGUCCUCAUCAGCUGGCCCGACGGCAGCCGGGUGAUCAACAUGGAGAACAUCAAGGAGCCCCGCAAGCCCUUCCACCUCUACACGGUGGGUGAGCAGGUGCUGGCCCGCUGCCCCGGCUUCAGUGGGCUCUACUGGGGCAUGGUGGAAGGCAUAAGUGAGCACAAGGAUAUUUUAGAGAAGAAGCUGCUGGAAGACAGGCAGCUCCUGGAGAAGUUAAAAGCAGAACCGGCUGUCCACAGCAUGAUGCCAUCCCCACCAAAAAAAUCCAGGAAAACCUUCCCAAAAUGGACCCCAGGGAAUGCAUCCAGGAAAUAUCAUGGUGACAGGGCCUACCCUGCAAAGCCACUGCUGAGGGCAGGUGAGGACAGCCUGCCCCAUGACGCUGGCAGCUCCUCCAUCCUCAAGGAGAGACGUGUCCUGGGCACUGCAGCAGGAAGCCCCUGCUCACUGGCAGGUCCUCCCCACCCAGCCAGUGCCUUCACUCCUCCAUCCACCUUCAUCACCAUGGCCAUGCCGGGGCCAGGGACUUCCCAGGGUGAAGAGGAGAGGGCUGGUCCAGCUACCAGAGAUUAUGUUGCCUUGCCAAUGAAGAGGAAGUCAGAUGGCAUCUUUUCCCAGUGCCAGCAACACAUCUGUCUGAACAGCCGUGAAGAGCAAAAGAUUGACACUUUGCAAGAGAUGGAUGACUUCGAGAGGGUUCAAAAAAGUUUCAGUCCUGGUGAGAUGGAAAGGGUGGAGAAGAUAGAGCAGCUGGAGAAGAUGGUGUUUGACCUCCAACAGGAUGUCCUCUCUCUGAGGAAGAAGGUGCAGAGGCUGGAAUCCCUGUCCUUCCAGGAGGAGCCCCACCGGCAGCCGUGCGAGGUGGUGGAGCUCUUCAACGGCUACACCAAGGAACAGCUCAAAGAAACCAUCAGGUUUGACCAGAAAAUCAGCACAGCCUGCAAGACACUGCUCUACAAGCUCUUCACCUCUGACUACAUCCAGAGCCACUCCAUCACGGGGCGGAGGGGCAACACCUUCCGGGAGGCAAAGCCCAUGAUGGACGAACGCUGCAUCAAAAUCAUCAGGGUGCUGUUGAAGCAGAAGUUUGGAGAUCACCUCAGUGACACCGUGAUCACAGAGAAGAUACAAAAUGUGCAGAAAGCCCUGAGGCAGAAGUUUAAGACAGAAUGUCUCUGAGACAUGGGGGGUACUUGGUGUCUCCUCCUGCCAUUCUCGUGUGUGCACCUGAGCAGCCCUCCCGGGAAAAGAUGAGUCCAAUCUGCUGCUGUCCAGUUGAUUUCCCCCAAGGAGCCAAUCCAAGGGAACCGUGUGCUAAACACAGCUCAAACCUUUCACUGCCAAACCUCUGCCCGCGUUGAUUGAGCAGGAAUUCUGCCCAGCUUGGCCGAGUUUUUGCACAUCUGCUAGCACUCUACAGGUUCCUUCCUACCCAGUCUGUGUGUGAACCUCACUGUGGGUGCAUGUAAUUGUCUCUAUGACUUUUUGAUGAUGUGCUCAGAGGCUGAGGGCUCCCACUGGGUCCAGGUAUGGGUCAGUAAGUCAGCUGUGUUUAACCUUGCAGUGGGUUAGGGAGAAAUGUUGGCUCUGGGAUAGGGAGUCCAGCUGUGGACGUAUGGUGUGUCACCUAACAGGGCUUCUCUCUGCAUGAUUCUGGUGUCCUCCUUCUGCCUGUGGGACAAUAUUUUUCUCUUUGCUCCCAGUGAAUGUGUUUUACAAUUUCCUGCAGUAACAGAACAGCAGACUCAUAAACAGCACCAUAAAACUUUCAGAGAAAGAUAAUUUCAUUUUUUUCCCCACUAUUUUAAUGUAGCUGUAUGGAAGACUUGUUUUCACUUACAAAAACCUCCUGAAAAAUAGAAGUGGCCACCCGUGGAAAUUACUUUGCAUUAAUUUUCCUUUCAAGACCAGAUUAUUUCCAUGGAGAAAUCCUGUGCAUUUUCAUGACACAAGAGUGAGGGAUGAAGGACAAAAUAUGGCCCACUGUAGUUACAUCUUUACUUCAAAGAUCAGACAUGCUAUGGACACAGUUACCAUAAUUUAAAUACAGUAUUUAUAUCCUAGUUAAGAAAUGCCAAGUACAACCAGAGAGUUUGCUGAGAGACUAUAGAGAAGGGCUAGAAAGACACAUCUUUUCCUAAAUAGUUCAGAGCUGGAGUUCGGAUGUCUUAAAAUUGUUUUUAAUAUUAAAAGAAUAAGAUGCUGACACCAGUCCACUUAACAGAAGUGCUGCAAAAUGCCAAACAUUCUCUUUUACAAAGGCUUCUCGAACCAGAAAUUGGUUUUCUAAGCUUAACUUUUAAAUUAUUCAGGAAAAGAAGUGUCAGUGGUUUUGCAUUAAUCAAAACAUUUGGUUUAAUUUAUAUGUUUUGUUGUGUUUUCAAGUAUUUAAUUUCUUCAGAGUUACAUGAGAAAUAAUAAGACAAAAUAAAUGUAUUGGAAAAACAAGGAGCUGUUUUGAAAGGGAAAAAAAAAAGAAACGUGUUAUUUUCCGAAUUUUCCUCCCCCCUCUGCCUUUUUUCUACUUGAAAAACAGAAUCAUUAAAGUAGGGCUAAUGCUAUGAAGCAUUUUGAUUUUGGAGGGAGAUAUGCUUGGCAAUGUUUCUGGCACUAUUUUCAUCAGAUGUUUCUAACAGUCACGUUAAAUUGGUGUAGAUAACAACUGAAGAUAUUCCUUCUGUUUUCCCAGUGCAAUGUUUUUCCUAACUCUCUGUUAUGCAAACAUACUGGUGAUGAUUUCUCCUUUGCAAGGACCUUGACUCCAGCAGCAGCUGGAGCAGGUCUGUUGUGAUCACUUAGAGCCGAGAGUGCAGCCAGUCCUUGAAAAGACACCCAACCUGAGCAGAACUGCCCCCAAACCUCCUCAGUGCAGAAACACACCCUGGAAUCCAGCAGCCUUGCUGGAAGCAUCUUACCUUCCCACCACAGGGAAGGCCUUAGGCUGGUAUCACUGCUCAGGGAAUGUAUCACUGGUAUAACUGCCCCAGGUGAUGUUUCUAAUGUUGACUUACCAAAGAGAAGAUUGAGGAGGCACAAACAACCUUAUCCUGCAGAACCUUAAAGACCAUCUCAUUCCAACUCCCUGCCAUGGGCAGGGACACCUUCCACCGGACCAGGU